AUGGAGAGAAAACACUGAGAGAAGGAGUUAUUUUCUCCUAAUUUCAGUGCACAGAACUUUUUUAGUCAGGCCAAUCAAUCUGAAUCACUGAUGUCUGAAAAAUUGGCUUUAGAGAGAGCAAAGAGAGUGGAAAAAAUCUACAAUAUGGCAAUUACAAAAUUUCAAGAAGAAAAAAGGCUCAAAAGGAAGGAAUGUUUUCCCAAACUCAUUGUUCAAGAAUACGAACCUAAGUUGGUAGGUGCAAAGAUAAACAUUUCAAAGGAGGAAACAGAAGGGGAUUCUGCCUGCUGUGGGGCUGGUAAUUUAGAUGUUGGAACUGAAGAAAGCUUAAAGGAAACAGAGGGUCAUUGUGCCUGGAAUGCAAAGGAAUUAGCAGCUUUGCAACAAGAAAUGCACAAGGACCAUUUGGAAUGAGUUUCUCUGAAACUUCAUCUGUUCUUCUUCAGUGCACAGUUAGUGGAACUCAAAACUAAAUAUAAAAAAUUAGAAGUGGACUUUGAAAACGCUGAACAAGAACAGCUAAAUUACAAGAAUUAAGUUUGCUGCAAAACUAUCCAGUUAAAGCAGAGUCAAAGGGCAAGCUUUAAAAAAGGUCUUGAGCUUCAAGGUUUAAAAGACGACUUACAUGAAAAAUCAGCAAACUUAAGAAGAUUAAAUGAAGAGUUGCCCCAGGCAAGAAAAGAAACUCUUAAUUUAAAUCUAAAGAACAAAGAUUUACAACAGGACUUUAAGAAGUUAAAACAGCAACAUAAGCUUGGAAAUAGGACUUCCAUGGAAAAGGUGAAUAUGUGUUACAACUCAGAAACAGGAAAAUAA